AAUUUCAUUUCCUUCUUCGGCCGCCGCCGCGUCCGUGUGUAAAAAACUAGCAGAGGAGCUGCCUAAAUUUGGACCCUAAUUCUAGCAUUAAAUUUCACCUAAAGAUUCACCAUGGCGGAUAGUGAAUUAGCCGGCAAGUUGGCGAGAAGGGAAGCAUUAAAUGAAGGAGAAGAGGUCGAAGUAAAUAAAAGGACGCUAGUUUUCAACCCGUACACAGAGUUCAAAGAGUUUAGCCGGAAAGAAAUCAAGCAAUAUGAAAAGAUGUUUAAGAAAUAUGACACCGACAACAAUCACUACAUAGAAUUGAUGGAGUUAAAGUUAAUGAUGGAAGCACUGGGAGCUCCCCAGACGCACAUGGCACUUAAAGACAUGAUCAAAGAAGUAGACGAAGAUCUCGAUAAUAGAAUAUCAUACAGAGAGUUUUUGCUGAUUUUCCGCAAGGCAGCGGCGGGUGAGCUGGAUACAGACAGUGGACUCAGUGCGUUGGCCAGGUUAACAGAAAUAGAUGUUGACAAGGAAGGCGUAGGGGGUGCGAAGGACUUCUUCGAAGCUAAGAUCAACGAGCAGACGCAAGUCAUGAAGUUUGAGAAUGAGAUCAGACAAGAGCAAGAGGAGAAGAAACAGGAAGAAGAAGAAAAAAAGAAGAGGAGAGCAGAGUUCAAAGCCAAACAAGCCGCCUUCAAAGUCUAGAGCUAACAAUCAGGGUGAUUUUAUAUAAGUCCAUUAAGUGCUGCCAAAACAAAUCGCUCUCUUUCUUCAGGUCAUAUUUUGUAUCUUUAAAUGCUUUACUUCUUACCGUAUCUCUUCUCACUGGAGGGAUUUACUAAAUACCUUUUCAGUCUAAGAAAGAUCCAACCAACACCAUGUGGUGACACGAUAGACCCAAAUUAAGGUGAUUCUGAUUAAGGUGGAAGAUGCCUGAUUCCAUGCGAAGCUUGAUCGGUUUACUAGCGCAGUCCUUGGUCCGAACAGAAUAAAACACAAAAAGCUGUUGGAUUUUGAUGAAUUGGUUGGGGGGGGGAUUAGGAUUUAAACAAUUUCAAUGUUCAGAACGAGUUUAAAAAUAAUUUCUCAUCAAAGUUACUUUCAAAAAUGGUAUUCCGUGGUCUUUUUUGGGUGAUACUUUUUUCUUGAAAAGUUAAAGAUUUUGUAUUAUGUUUUUGUUGGG